GGUCAUGCAGUGAGACCUUAUAUACGGGGUGUGAGUCUUUGUCUCAGUGUGUGUUAGCUGCAGGAUGAAGAUGUCACACAUGCUGCUGCUUGCUGCAGCUUUCAGCAUCCUCAUUUGUAACGGCACACAUGGAGAGAAAAUCAUCAAUGGCCAAAAAGCCAAGAAGAACUCACUGCAGUACAUGGCAUCUGUGCAGUUUAAAAUGAAGCACAUAUGUGGAGGAGUCCUCAUAAACCCCAGCUACGUGCUUACAGCAGCACACUGUAAAUAUAGUGACCUUAGUGUGGUCCUCGGGACUCACAACAUCGAUUCGAAAAGAAAUAAUCUGAGAAGGUACACAGUGAAAAGUGUGCACAUCCACCCAUCUUACAAGGGAACACCUCGUAAUGGAUCUGACAUCAUGCUACUGAAGCUUUCAGAGAAAGUCAGUGUGAAUAAGGGUGUGAAGAUCAUCAAAUUCUCAAGCAAGGGCAAACAGGUUAAGUCCAAUAACAAGUGCCAGGUCGCAGGAUGGGGAACAACUGAAAACCAGAAAAGUGUGAAUGACCUCCUGGUGGCUGGUGUAUCAACCAUUAAUAUCGCAGUUUGUAAGAAGGAGUGGAAUAAAGUGAAUGUGGUUCUUCCAAAUAACAUUCUGUGUGCCGGAGGCUACAACACCAAAAGUGGAGCGUGCCAGGGUGAUUCUGGUGGGCCUCUGAUCUGCAAAGGUGUGGCAGUGGGCAUUGUGUCAUUCAAUUAUAACAAAAAUUGCACCUAUCCAAAUUUUCCUAAUGUCUACACUGACAUUUCAGCUUACUCUGACUGGAUUAAGAACGUGAUCAAAAGAGAUGCUUAAGGUGUGUUUUAUAUGUGUCGAGUAACUUGAUAUCAUGUAAUGGCCCCAAAAUAUGUGAUUCUUAAAUAAAGACAUAGAGGCAGAACAAGAAUGUUGAUUUCUUGAGUCUUAAGUCACAAAGAAAACAAUUUCUCAUGCUUCUCAUGUGAAAGGUAAUAUAAAGCUGAUUGAUUUUUUUUUGUAGCAAUAUCAUGACGAUUAAAAAAAUUCUCAUGAAAGGUGAGACAAAGUGCAAACAGUCUGGUUACAACUGAAGUCAAACUGAAGAGAGUUCUGUAGAAACCACAGUAAAGUCACACCACCACAGCACAUGUCAUUUAAACAGCUUACUCAGAAUCAUUAAUUCCUAUUGACUGGACUGACAACACACACACACGCACGCACGCACGCACGCACGCACGCACGCACGCACGCACGCACGCACGCACACACACACACACACACACACACACACACACACACACACACACACACACACACACACACACACACACACACACACACACAAGCUUUCUCAUUUGCACUUAUAACUAUAAAGACCUGUAUCCAUGUGUUAUAUGUGAAAAUAUGUGAAUUUUAGACCUUAGUUCUGUGUUGUUAUAUGUAGCUCUGUGUUUUAUGUAGCACCAGGGUUUUGGAGGAACGCUGUUUCAGUCACUGUUUGUAAUGACAAUAAAAGCUUCUUGACAUGACUUGUCCUUAAAACA